UUUUGAAAGGCUGAAUUAGGCCUCUUAUUAAAAGGCGACAUUCUUUUUUCUUUUCUUGCAUAUAACAUCAACUAAGUUUUUCAUUACUCCCCCAAAACGGAAACUUUGGUUAAAGAACGUCGUAUAGAGAGGGAGAAACAAAGAGAGAAGGCAUGCAAGUGCAAAUGCAGAGGGGAUACCCUUUGGUAAAACAGCAGUACAAAGCAUUACUAAAGAAGAACUAUUUAGUAGCAUGGCGAAACAAGACGGCCACAUUCCUUCAACUUUUUUCAUCCCUCUUUUUCAUCUUCCUUCUUUUCUGUAUCCAAAAAGCUAAAGAAGCCAGCUACUACUCUUCUUCCUCUACGUACAAGAACGUGCAGGACCCAGAACUACUGGUGUCGCUGCCAAUCCCGCCUUGUGAGGACAAGAACUUCAUCCAUCUCCCCUGCUAUGACUUUGUUUGGAGUGGUUCUCAGAGUCCAAGAAUUAGGCAGAUUGUGAGCGGAAUGAUGGCCAACAAUCCUGGCAGACCCAUCCCUUCCUCUAAGGUUCUGUCAUUUGAAACACAAGAUGAAGUGGACGAAUGGUUUUUCAAGAACCCUAUGCGUUGUCCUGGAGCCCUCCACUUUGCUGAAAGGAAUGCUAGCAUAAUCAGUUAUGGUAUACAGACCAACUCCACUUCCGUUGCAAAACGAGGUAUCUAUGAAGAUCCAACUUUUAAGUUCCAAAUCCCACUUCAACUGGCUGCUGAACGUGAAAUUGCAAGAUCUCUCAUUGGAGAUCCAAAUUUCAGUUGGGUUGUCAGUUUCAAAGAAUUUGCACAUCCUGCUUUAGAAUUUCGCUCUGCCUUGGGUUCACUUGGGCGUACCUUUUUUCUGGCUGUUACUAUGUUUGGCUUUGUCUUCCAAAUCAAUGCUUUGAUCACUGAAAAGGAACUCAAACUCCGACAGGCAAUGACUAUGAUGGGGCUCUACGAUACUGCCUAUUGGUUGUCAUGGUUAACUUGGGAGGGAUUCAUGACAAUUCUUUCUACUCUUCUCACAAUUCUCUUCGGGAUGAUGUUUCAGUUUAAUUUUUUCUUGAACAACAGCUUUGCUGUCGUGUUUCUUCUAUUUUUCCUCUUCCAACUUAAUAUGAUUGGUUUUGCGUUCAUGAUGUCUGCUUUUAUUAGCAAGUCAUCUUCGUCAACAAUUAUUGGUUUCUUAAUCUUCGUUGCCGGUUACAUGACUCAGCUUGUAACAGCAUCUGGAUUUCCCUACAGUGAGGAAUAUUCCAAGACUGAUAGGAUCCUUUGGUCAUUGUUUCCGCCAAAUCUUCUUGCUCAAGGCCUUCAUUUACUUUCUAAUGCAACUGCCAUUCCUGAAGAUCCUGGUGUCAGCUGGAGUGGGAGGACAAAGUGUGCUUUUAAUGAUGCAGACUGUGUACUAACUAUGAAUGAGAUUUACAUAUGGCUCGUGUCAACAUUUUUUCUGUGGUUUGUUCUUGCUAUUUACUUGGACAACAUAAUUCCGAAUAUUUCUGGUGUGAGAAAAUCAAUGCUAUACUUCUUGAAUCCUAGCUACUGGACGGGUAAAGGUGGAAAUACGGUGAAAGAGGGUGAUAUCUGUAGCUGCACAUGUUCAGUGCCUUCCCUGGAUAGUAUUAUACCAGAUGAUGAAGAUGUUCUUGAAGAAGAAAACAUUGUUAAACAGCAAGCUACGCAAGAUCAAGUUGAUUCUGAUGUUGCUGUUCAAGUACGUGGCCUUGUAAAGAUAUAUCCAGGAACAACAAAGGCAUGCUGCUGCAUUUGCAAAAAGAGAUCUCCUUAUCUUGCCCUCAAGAGCAUAUGGGUGAACCUUGUAAAGGAUCAGCUAUUUUGUCUUCUUGGGCCGAAUGGAGCAGGGAAAACUACUGCUAUUAAUUGCUUAACUGGGAUUACACCUGUUACUGCAGGAGAUGCACUAAUAUAUGGUCAGUCCAUAAGUAGCUCUGCAAGCAUGUCAAACAUUCGAAGGAUGAUAGGGGUUUGUCCCCAGUUUGAUAUUCUUUGGGAUGCAUUGUCCGGUCAAGAGCAUCUGCAUCUUUUUGCCAGCAUUAAAGGUCUACCCCCUUCUUUAGUAAAAGAGGUUGUAGAGAAGUCACUAGCCGAGGUAAAACUCACAGAUGCAGCCAGAAUGAGAUCUGGUAGUUACAGUGGAGGAAUGAAACGACGCCUCAGUGUCUCUAUAGCCCUUAUUGGUGAACCAAAAUUGGUCAUUUUGGAUGAACCAACUUCUGGCAUGGAUCCAAUAACUAGAAGACAUGUCUGGGACAUAAUUGAGGGUGCCAAAAAAGGGCGUGCGAUCAUUCUGACCACUCAUUCAAUGGAAGAAGCUGACAUCUUAAGUGACCGCAUUGGUAUCAUGGCAAAGGGUAGGCUUCGUUGCAUUGGAACUUCAAUAAGAUUGAAAUCAAAAUUUGGAACCGGUUUCAUUGCUGAUGUAAGCUUCUCUGGUGGGACAAAUGGGACUCCUGAAAGAGAACAUACUUUGAGUACAUCUCAACCUGAAGCUGUGAAACAGUUUUUUAAAAGUCGUCUGGACGUGGUGCCUAAAGAGGAAAACAAGUCCUUCCUAACCUUUGUUAUUCCCCAUGACAAGGAGAAGCUGUUGACGGACUUCUUUGCUGAGCUACAAGAUAGAGAGAAGGAAUUUGACAUAUCAGAUAUCCAGCUCGGGCUUACAACUCUUGAAGAAGUUUUUCUGAACAUUGCUAAACAAGCAGAACUGGAAGAUGUGGCUGAAGGAAGAUUUGUGACUCUUAGUUUGAAUACAGGGCUCUCACUUCAAAUACCUAUAGGAGCGAGAUUUGUGAAAAUCCCAGGAACAGAAACUGCUGAGAAUCCAAUUGGCACUAUGGUAGAAGUGUAUUGGGAACAAGAUGAAUCUGGUACACUCUGCAUUUCAGGUCACUCGCAAAACAUGCCAAUACCAGCUCAUGUUCAACUAAGAGAUCCUUCAAUAGCCACUUCUAGUAGAAACUUCUUACGAAGACGGGAAGAAAUUCAUGGAACUGUGAUUGAUCCUGCACAGAUUAUAGGUGCAAGUUCAUAAUAAAGAUAGAACUUCAGGUCACAGUAAGUAAUAAAAGGUUUUACAGAACUAUAUUUGUGUAUAGAAACAUAAAAAAGUGACUUUUGUGCGAUGACACAAAGUUGAAUAACCAUAUGUGAAAUUUACCCUAACUUUUAUGAUAAUUGAGGAAUCUCUGAGGGUCAUACUAUCAUGCCCCAAAAUGGGUUGAGACGUG